GCCGUUUCUGGCCGAGGGACGCGGACGCGAGAGUACGGCAGAGAAACCGCCUCGGACCAACCUUUGUCAGCAAAACUACGGCGCGCCGCAGGGUGCUGCGGAGGGGGCUGGCUUCCCCUCCGUGGAAGUCACAUGACAGGAAGUAGUCUAGAAGAAGCGGAAGUAGCAUGUGCCGGAGGAGGCGGGGGUAACCCAAACUUGGAGGAAAGGCUCGGAGUCGGGCACACCUAGCAGCCAAAAUGAAGGUGAAGAUGCUGAGCCGGAACCCGGACAACUAUGUCCGCGAAACCAAGCUGGACUUACAAAGAGUUCCAAGAAACUAUGAUCCUACCUUACAUCCUUUUGAAGUCCCGCGAGAGUAUGUAAGAGCUUUAAAUGCUACCAAAUUGGAACGGGUAUUUGCAAAACCAUUCCUUGCUUCCCUGGAUGGUCACCGAGAUGGAGUCAAUUGCUUGGCAAAGCACCCAAAGAGCCUGGCUACUGUCCUUUCUGGGGCAUGUGAUGGAGAGGUUAGAAUUUGGAACUUGACUAAACGAAAAUGUAUCCGUACGAUACAAGCCCAUGAGGGUUUUGUACGAGGAAUAUGUACUCGCUUUUGUGGGACUUCUUUCUUUACUGUUGGUGAUGACAAAACUGUGAAGCAGUGGAAAAUGGAUGGACCAGGCUAUGGAGAAGAGGAGGAACCGUUGCAUACAAUAUUAGGAAAGACAGUAUAUACAGGGAUUGAUCAUCACUGGAAGGAAGCUGUUUUUGCCACAUGUGGACAGCAAGUAGACAUUUGGGAUGAACAAAGAACAAGUCCUAUAUGUUCAAUGACCUGGGGAUUCGACAGUAUAAGUAGUGUUAAAUUUAACCCAAUUGAGACAUUUCUCUUGGGAAGUUGUGCUUCUGACAGGAAUAUAGUACUAUAUGACAUGAGGCAAGCUACUCCCCUGAAAAAGGUCAUCUUAGAUAUGAGAACAAACACAAUUUGUUGGAACCCUAUGGAAGCUUUCAUUUUUACUGCAGCAAAUGAAGAUUACAACUUAUAUACUUUCGAUAUGCGUGCACUGGACACUCCUGUAAUGGUACAUAUGGAUCAUGUAUCUGCGGUGCUUGAUGUGGAUUAUUCUCCGACUGGGAAAGAGUUUGUGUCUGCUAGUUUUGAUAAAUCUAUUCGAAUCUUCCCUGUGGACAAAAGUAGAAGCAGGGAAGUCUAUCACACAAAGAGAAUGCAACAUGUUAUCUGUGUAAAAUGGACUUCUGACAGCAAAUAUAUUAUGUGUGGAUCUGAUGAAAUGAACAUUCGUCUGUGGAAAGCUAAUGCUUCUGAAAAGUUGGGUGUGCUUACGUCACGAGAAAAAGCAGCCAAAGAUUAUAACCAGAAAUUGAAAGAGAAAUUUCAACAUCAUCCUCAUAUAAAACGCAUUGCUCGUCACCGACAUCUACCAAAAUCCAUCUACAGUCAGAUUCAGGAACAGCGCAUCAUGAAAGAAGCUCGUCGACGAAAGGAAGUGAAUCGUCUCAAACAUAGCAAGCCUGGAUCUGUAUCGAUUGUGUCGGAGAAGAAGAAACACAUAGUGGCAGUUGUGAAAUAACACUUGGUAUUCCUACCGAUCCUGAUACAUGAUGAUUUGUUACACUUUGAUUUGCAAAUGUAAAUAAAAAUACUGGCUCUAGAAUAAUAACAGUUCAGUUACAUGUGUAGAGGAAGUAAAAACUGUCCUGAAAGGUGGCCUGGUUGAUAAGACUGUCCAACAUUUUAUUCUUGAUCUUCUUUCUUAUGUCAUUGAAGAAUACAUUAUUUGCAAACUAACUUAUUCCUUUUAGAAAAUGCGGGUAUACUUUCACUUUGACCUAUUAUUAUAGAUAUACUCUAUGUUUGAAUUUACAUUCAAAACCAGACAUCUCUUUGGUUACCUUUAGUAUUACUUUGGAUAAUUAGUGCAAUGAUUCUUCCUAUGAUUACACAUAACAUGGGGAAGAAUUAUGUCAGAACUUUUUUCAGUUCAAUUAAUUUUCUGUGUUUUAUUUGUAUUUGGCUUUUUGAGACCUUAAAGAUGAUCAGCUUGAAUUUAUAUAACUUUUUAAAUAAUAAUUACAGUUUAUGGUCAAGAUAAUAAAACAUCCUUUAUCUCAGCAUUAUAACUUUGAUCCACUUCUGCUAAAUGAUUUCUCUUCAGUCUUACUAAAUCAUAAAUAGUUCUUUGUGCCAUAUGUUGUUUUUUUAAAAAUUGUAGUUUAAUAAACUCUAUUAUGAAUAUA